CCGCUCUCAACGACACAGACUUCUUCUGCAAGUUAUCUUGCAGAGACGGGACUCCCCCCCCACUGGCUCGACCUUGUGGGAUUCGAAGCAAAAAUCCCUGGAUCAUACAGCACAGGGCUGGAGACGCCGAAUCGGCACGGUACUUGAGUCGCCCCCACGGUGGACACGAGGAAACACCUGAGACGCCGCCGAGUCAUUGCACGAUUCUGUGCCCUGUGCGGAAAUCGUGACCUCUGUUCAAUAGAGGCUUGCGGUCGACCGUGGCACAAACCUCGUUGCAGGGCACAGCUUCUGACGCGAGGUAGGAUCAUAUCCUGCCUAAGCUCUAUCUUGCAAUCAGGUGCCGUCGAGCACGACUCUGGUGAGACAGCCGUUUCUCAUCGGUCAUGGCUUCCGUGUCAUCAGCCUCACCCUCUGGGUACCACUUCCAUCAUGCCGAGUCGGAUUCUGAUUGGGACUAUGUGCAAUCUGGAGGUGCCCCGUCAUCAGUCGGGCUGGGCUCCAGUCCCGGCGCGGGCAGCAUGCAUAGCUGGGGCAUGGUCAACUUCCAGAACCACCCUGCACAGCCAUCGCCGCCAGCAUUGUCACCCCUCAAUCUCGACAGUGAACAGCAGAAGGCUGUCCUCGAUUCAUCAUUUCCAGAGAGGCACCCGCCGCCGUCGCCACUGACGGCAGCUGCGAGCAUGGACACGCAGUUCAUGGCGUCAUUCGACACUGAGGUGCAGCAGGAUGGUUUGAAUAUGGAUCAGCAGUUCGUGUUUGAGCAAGAAUUCUUCAACACACAUGCCUUUGGCGAACAUGCGCAGCAGGACCUCUUUGCCAACCUGCAAAACGACUUCCCAGACUUUACGGACUUCACCAGCUUGGACGUAGUGGCCUCCCAGCCACAGCAGCAGCAGCAGCCUCUUGAUCUGAACAUCCCACAACAGUUCAGGGAAGAGAACAACGUGCCGCCAUGGGACCCGACCAACCUCAAGGUCGAGGACUUCAGCGGCACAAGCUCAGACGGAUCCGAGUUCCUGUCUCAGUCGCCUCUACAUUUCACCCCGUCUCCUAAUUCGCACAGCUCCAGCCCAGGGCCGUCCGAGGUCAAGCCCGAGUCCGGCAAGGCACCAACUCCAAUACGCAAGACGAAGAGCGGCAAGAUUGAAAAGAGCAAGCCGACGAGCAAGUUUGUCAUAAUGACGCCCACGCUCAUCAAUGCGCAGUCUGGGCGCCCCAAUCCCUUUGAGUGUUUUGAGGCCAUGCGGGCAACGCAACGAGGACGCAAAGGACCUCUUGCCAACGACACAAAAGAGAAUGCAUUGCAGGUUCGGAGGUUAGGCGCAUGCUUUUGCUGCCACAGCCGGAAGGUCAAGUGCGACAAAGAGCGCCCUUGCAAAAACUGCAAGAAGCUCACCACCCAAGUGCCCCAAAUUGUAUGCUGGCAGUUUCACGACUUCCUCCCCGUCCUGUUUCCCGACUUCAUCCGUGGUCACUUUAAGAAGGAGCAGAUGAACGCAUUCCUCGCCGAUCAUAUCCAGGACUUUACGUUACGUGGCGCGGAGCAGACUUGCUCGGUCGAGUUCUUCUCAGGCAAGGACUUCCAGUCGACGCUUACUGUACCGGCGAGCUUUUUCACGCCCAAAACAGCCGAGGUGCUACAGCAUUGGCACUUGAACCCAGGUGCAUACCAGAUCGACCUUCAAUCACGGGGAUCUGUGCCGAUCGGCGUCAACCCCGACAACUCCAUGCAACGUGAAGAACUCAAGCGGAGGUCGCGGGAAUACAUUCACAACUUGACUUUUGAGCCAAUGUACGCCGAACAGGUUACUGAUGCGAUACGCACAACACAUGUCCCGCGAAGGAUACUCAAGAUCGUCCAAAAAUAUGCGCAGAAGUCAAAUUCGCCUAUGGUCAAGAGAGCACUCUCCAUACACGUAAUGCACUACGUCCUCACGAGACAGCUCUGCAUGACGAACAAGACCAUUGUCGACCUGCAGCAUACGAAUAUGGUGCCGCAAAACAAUCCAUUCAUCACCGCCCGCGUGCUGAACAGGCAGGUCAAGGCGAUGCUCGAUGAGAUGCUUCUCAAGGAAAUGCAGGCUCUGUUCGACAGCUUCUCAAAAACAUUGAAGCCGAAGUCGCGCAAAGGCUGGGCGCCGUGCAUGGCCUCGUUCUUGGUUCUCUGCUUGUUCAUGGAGACCGUCGAGACUGCCGCAGACACCUUUGUCAUCUCGCAGAACGAGAUCAACAUGCGCAACAGGUCGAAACCCCAGUUCAAACGAGAGUUUGCCCUAGACUUGUGCAAGGAGAUCGACAACCUGCCUUUCAAGCAAUUUGCGUACCAGUUCCACCAGAUCUAUCAGACACAUACCAAGGAUAUCACCGCCAAAGCUUUCAAUCCGUUGCUCGACGACAGCUUCGCCCAGCAGGACGAGAUUGACGCCCCAACAAUGGAGAUGGUGACCGAGCUCCGGCACUUCAUCGAGGGUGAUGGCUGGCACGAGCUUGACUUCCUUGUUGCGGACCCCAUCCUGCCCAAUGAGGAGACCCAUCCAUACCCACGCAACGUGUCGCUGAACUACACCGGUCGCCUAAUUGCACGAUUUCUCCUGUCGUUCACGGAUGAGAGGUACUUAUUUGAUGGGCAGUACUGAGUCCCGUAGCAUUGUUCCCUGCGGCACGAGAGACGCUCUUGACUUUCUUUUUGUCAGCUUCGCACAGACGUUUGGAUUUAUAGACAUCACGAUCUGCGCUAUAUUAUUCUCCAGGAUAGGGUGGGCAAGCGAUCUUUUGUACCUUUGGUUCAGUAAGAGGGAGUUGGGCGCACACGCAGCGAUAACGACAGGCAUGGUUCUUACGACAAUGCGAAUGAUCUGUACCAUAAUUCUUUACAUUGAGAGUACAUGCUCUUCUGUAUUUG